AUGAUACAGGUCUUUCAUGCUGUUGUCUAUCUGGUGUUAGUUUUACCAGCUUGUAGUACUGAAGAGCCAUCAUGUAAACUUCAGGAAAGAUUUCAAUUGAGCAGUUUAUACAAAAAAGGGGAUAUUAUCUUAGGUGGCAUUUUUGAAGUAAGUGCUAAAACGAUAGCGCCAGAUAUGUCCUUUCAAUCAAAACCUGAUGAAUGGAAGUGUGAAGGAUUUGACAUUUCGAUAUUUCAGAGAGCUCAGACAAUGGUCUUUGCAAUUGAGGAGAUCAAUAAGGAUCCACACCUUCUACCUAACAUUACCUUGGGUUAUAUACUUUAUGAUAACUGUGUAAAGCUCCCAGUUUCACUCAGGGCAGCUACAGCUUUAAUUGGGGGUCUGGAUAGAGUGAUCACUGAUUACAAUUGUCAAGGACUUCCUCCAGUUCUUGCUAUUGUAGGGGACCCCACCUCAACCAACUCUAUUGCCAUUUCCAGGCUCCUUGGAGUUUUCCAUAUUCCAAUGAUCAGCUAUUAUGCAACAUGUCCCUGCUUAAGCAAUAAACGGGAACACCCUUCAUUUUUCAGAACAAUCCCAAGUGAUGCUUUUCAGGUGAAAGCAAUGGUUGAGAUAAUAAAACAUUUUAAGUGGACCUGGAUAGGUGCCAUAGCAAGUGAAGACGACUAUGGGCAGUAUGCUAUUACAACGUUCAGUGAAGAAAUCAGGAAUAUUGCAUGUAUUUCAUUCAUGGAAACAAUUCCCAAAAUAAAUCAAAAGCCUAAAAUUCUUACAAUAUUAAAUAAAAUCAGACAGUCCACUGCAACUGUCAUUAUUAUAUUUGCAUCAGGGGUUGAUAUAACAGCUCUGGUUAAAGAAAUUGUCCUUCAGAACAUUACUGGAAAACAGUGGAUUGCAAGUGACGGAUGGAGCACUUCAUCUACCUUAGCUAAGAAGGAAAACUUUCCCUCAUUUGGUGGGACAGUUGGUAUUACUAUUCGUAGAGGUGAAAUUACAGGUCUAGAAAAAUUUCUUCUUCAGGUUAAACCUAAUUUUGACUUAAAUAAUAAGUUAAGUAUUCAGUUCUGGGAAGCAAUGUUUGAAUGCACAUUCCAAGGAAAUAAAACUAAUCAACUACUUCCAAGUAAAAUAUGUACAGGAACAGAGAACUUAGAGAUCACACAAACGGCCUACUCUAAUGUAUUGCAGUUACGAGGCUCUUACAAUGUAUAUAAAGCUGUAUAUGCUCUAGCACAUGCACUGCAUAAUAUGUUAUCCUGUGAAAAUGGAACAGGACCAUUCAAGAAUAACACUUGUGCAAAUGUCCAAAAUAUCCAACCCUGGCAACUUCUACAUUACCUGAGACAUGUCAAUUUCACUAAUCAUUUAGGAGAAACAGUGGCAUUUGAUGAAAAUGGAGAUGUACUUGGAAUUUAUGAUGUUGUGAACUGGCAGUGGACUGCUGGGGGUUAUGUCAAAAUACAAACUAUUGGCUCAUUUGAUCAGUCAUCUACUCAUGGAAAAGGACUCUUUUUAAAUGAAAGCAACAUACAGUGGAAUUUUGAUUCUGGACAGGUCCCUGUGUCAGUCUGCAGUAACAGCUGCCAACCAGGCACUAGAAAAGCCUUCAGGAAAGGGGAGCCAAUCUGCUGCUUUGACUGUAUUCCCUGUGCAGAUGGUGAAAUCAGCACUCAUACUGAUUCCAUUGAAUGUAUUCAAUGUCCUCAUGACCAAUGGUCCAAUCCAGGCAGAAACUGCUGUUUGCUCAAAGAAGUUGAGUUUCUUUCAUACAGCGAUGCCAUGGGAAUCACCUUGACAACAGCUGCUUUAUUUGGAGCUUCUUUCUCUUGUACGGUUUUAGCAAUUUUUAUCCAUCAUCGCUAUACUCCUGUGGUGAAAGCCAACAAUUCUGAAAUGAGCUUUGUUUUGCUGGUCUCACUAACCCUGUGCUUCCUUUGUUCUCUUUGCUUUAUUGGCCAACCUUCAAAUUUUACUUGCAUAAUAAGACAUGUAGUGUUUGGAAUUAGCUUUGUGGUAUGUGUUUCUUCCAUUCUUGUGAAAACUAUCGUUGUGCUAAUGGCUUUCACCGCUACUCUGCCUGGUAAUAACACAAUGAAAUGGUUUGGAGUCAUGCAGCAGAGGUGUACUAUUUUUUUCUUAACAUGCAUUCAGUCUCUAAUAUGUACAUUUUGGUUGACCACAUCCCCUCCUUUUCCCACACAAAACACUAUGUCCCAAAAUGCAAAAAUAUUACUGGAGUGUAACACAGGAUCAUCAAUUGGUUUUAGUUGCCUCUUGGGUUAUAUUGGAUUGCUGGCUUGUAUCUGCUUUUUCUUGGCCUUUCUUGCAAGAAAUCUUCCAGAUACAUUUAAUGAGGCCAAAUUUAUUACCUUCAGCAUGCUAAUCUUCUGCACUGUUUGGAUAACUUUUAUUCCUGCUUAUAUCAGUUCCCCUGGAAAAUAUACAGUAGCUGUUGAGGUGUUUGCCAUUUUAGCAUCAAGCUUUGGUCUUCUUUUUCUAAUAUUUGCACCAAAAUGUUAUAUAAUUAUUUUGAAACCAAAAUCUAACAAUAGGAAAGCACUAAUGGGAAGAUCAAAUAUGACCAAGUAA